AUGUACACAUAUACCUGUCUCUCUGUGUGUGUGUGUGGCUGUUGGUGUGUGCGAGGGCGACAUGUGGUGAUCUCAGGACCCCCUCCCCUCCCCUCUCCGCCUCAGCAGAGGCACACUCGCUACUGCCGGCAGUACACCUACACGCGGCGGUCUAUGACUGUGAGAAGCACCUCCCCCUCUCCCCUUUCCUUACUCGCAGCACGUCAUCUUUUGUGGUUGCUUCGAUACCGCCAUUAUGGGAGUGUAUGGAGGCAUGCAACAGCGAGACCCACACAAGUGCAUCACGAGCACGGGAUAUUUUUUGCCUCUCCCCCUCUCUCACUGCUGCUGCUGCUCUCCGUCUCCGCAUCCACUCUCUCACACCCUCCAACUCGCCUGCUGGCAUUUCCGUUGUUCUUCACGCUUCACAGGCUUGCACGCAUCACCCUCACUGUUGCUGGUGUUCGUGCGGGCCCCUCGGUUUACCCGUCAACCCACCCACCCCUCCCGUCUCAACCCUUCACCUCCCUUCGUUUUCUCGUGCGUUCCACGCAACCGGUCGAGGUGCGGAUGGACUCGUCGGCUGGCGGCUUCUUCUUCCCCUUCGGGUCCCCCAGCAAGACCGAUAGGUGCCCCGGUCCCACCACCGUGGACGCUGCCGAUUCUACCAGCUCCACGCUGGGCACCGCCGUGCCUUCGCCGCCAUUCUGGCCGCCCGCAAAGACAUCGACGGCGACCUUUCCAUGGGUUUCCCUGGACUCCGACACGCUGCAGGAAUGGGCUGCCGGCUACUGCUGCGCGGCUCCAAGUCAUAAUGUGAAGUCCAGCCUCUCAACAAAGCCCUUGCAGCUGAAGCUUCGUAUAGCUUUGUCAGCGAGCGCAGAGAUCGCUCCAGACGAAGCCUCCUCAUCCGCGGACGCAAACAGCCAGGACGUCUUUACCCUAUGCUACCAAACCUCUCCAGAGGUGGACACGCUGACAUCCGUGGCCGCCACACAGACGCCAGAGAUGACGCCGUCGGGCUCGCCCAAGAGGGAGCACCGCGACGUGAUACCAGGGCGAUACUAUGGCGGGCUGAAGGUGUGGUCUUGCGCUGUGCUGCUCGCGGAAUACCUGACCAAUCACGCCGCACAGUACCGCAGCCUGUUUGAGGCUGCGGCGGUAGUCGCAGAGCUCGGGUGCGGUCAAGGACUUCCCGGGCUGGCAGCCAUGUGCCUUGGAGCGCGGCGCGUGGUGUUUCAAGACUACAACGAGGAAGUGCUCAGGAUGUGCACGCAGCCGAACGUGGCGGCCACAGUUUGUGCAAACGAAUCCCUCCAGCAGUCACGAGGCGGCGUUGGCACAACUCCGCUAUUGCACGCCAAAUUCGUUCACGGCGACUGGGUUGAUCUGUCUUGGGAGUCCCAAGACGCUGCCUCCUCCUCUGCUGACCUCGACACCUUCUGCGACGUCAUCCUUGGCUCUGACGUUACCUUUGACAAGGAUGCGUGCGACAAGCUUGCCUGCAUCUUGCAUCGCUGGCUGCGCCCCUACACAGGAACCGCUAUCAUUGUGUCAAAGGACUACUACUUUGGCACCAACGGCGGCUACCUGGAGUUCACAAAGUCCGCAGAGCCGUACGGGUUGCGGGUGGAGCUGCUGAAGCGCGUGGACACGGCGGACAAGAUGCCACAUGUGGUCCUGCGUGUCACUCACGCGGCAUAG